ACAAGUAAGAUUCUAUUGAUUAUUGUGUUUUGAAACACUGCAUUAGGUACCUUCUAUAUGAAAUGUGACAAAUGCUCUGAAACCAUCCAGAGACAGAAUCAUGAGGCCACUAACAUGUCUGAGUCUACUGGUCGCUCUAUGUUAUCUAUCUCUACAAGAUAUAUCCGUAAGUAAGGCAGAGAAUAUCAUGAGAGGAAAACCCAGUAGAUUAAGUACAGUCUACUGGAACGCUGAGUUUGGGAAUGAUGGAAAUAUCCAGAACUUACCAGCUUGGACCCGGGACAGUGUGCAUCCUUAUUGGCAGGGGGAUCUACAGGGGUUCUAUUCUGUCAAUACCAUCUCAGUUGUGAGUGCCAUCAGCCAUGGCAUUGAAGCAUACCUGGGGAGUGCAUACGUGGGCGUAUCUGUCGAUGACAGCAGCGACUGCCCAGAUGUGGAAAUCAUCAUCUGCGGCCAGUGUCCAGCUGUGGUUGGUCAAGGAGAAACCUUCACGUUCAACUGUUCCCAUCCACGCCCUGUUCGUUUCGUCAAGGUCUGGAGAAACAUCACUGGACGAUUAGCUGUUUUGGAGGUUGAGGUUGAAGGCACGCCAAUGAUGCGAAGUGGAACAAAGUACAAUAAAGUACUCAACAUUAAAGUGUCCACACCGAUGACGUCUCUCACAGCUGCAUCCGCCAGUGAAUGCGGUCGUCAGUGCCACUUGUCCCAGCCUUGCCUCAGUUUCAGUUACCACCCAACAGCUGCUCCCAACUGUCUCCUGACAACAAACCCAGCAGCUGCAGCAGCAGCCGUCGGAUGGACCAAGUUCACCAUCGAGAAGUGUUCCAGCAACAUCACCUGUCACCUGUCUGAUCAACUUAAUUAGUACCAGAUCCACUAUUUGCUCUGUAGAUGUUUUAUGUUUGACUUCCAUUAUGUUCAUCUGGAUGCUAUGUUUGAUUAACAAAUAGUACCAAUUCUGUCUUUAAAACGUUUGGUGAUAUAGUCCAGCCACAAUCAUUUCAUACUUCAGUCUUGAGAUAUCACUGCUUGAGACACGCACUUCUGUCUCACGGUACUUUACGCCAUUUGAUUUCAUGAACAUGAUGAACAGUACAAAUGUGAGUCAAAGUUUGUUCCUUGCACAAGAUCCACUGUUUGUUUUGCAGAUGUAACAUACAGGGGCGUUAUGUUAAUGACAUGUUGAAUAAACAAAAGCAGCAAUAUCAAAAGUUUUUUUCAAAGCUAACAUAAUUUUCGUCGCCUGGGAACCAGAUGGUCCUAUGGCCACAGUUGACCCAAAAGGAUGUAUUUGCAUUUUCGUUCCAAAUGGGUGUUUUUCUAACAAUGUUGUAAAUUUCAUGAAUCCCCUUUUCCUGGAAAAUAGUUUUUCAGUGAUUCUAUGUCUAAAAAAGGUUACUUGCAACCAGCCUGUUCCAACAAAAGAACAUUUGUCUUUAAAUGAGAAGAUGGAUAAUUACUUUUGCUUUACAAACAUUUUGUACUUGUUUGUUUCAUGUGAAAAAAUGGUGUUCAGUUGAUAUUAUACAGCGCUUCAAAUUUUAAAAUAUCAUUUACUCAAAACUUGCAAAAGUGGUGAUAGCUCACUAAGGUUCUCAGGCGACGACAAGUGCGCCAUCGUGUCACUGAACUUUCUGGUCCGUCACGUGAUUGUUUUGUUGGUUUACAGGCUGGCAUCGCAUGGCUGGGGUACUGCUGCACUGUGUCAUGCAACAAACAAACACUUAUUUAUUUAUGAGAAUUGUUUGAGUUGCAUGACAUGCUUACCAUUUUCUCGAAAGCCUGGUCUCAUCACUGAUUUUCAGUGAUCCAAACGUAUAAUCUUCAAAGCCAUUUUGACUUUUACGUCCGCUUGAUUAUGUUUCGGUGGAUAAACGAGACUGGCUAUUCUCUGUAGUGUACAUGUAUCAAUUACUGUUUUGGGGGUACAUUGUGAAGAAGAUACCAAACCUCACUAUCCUGCGAUGCCACAACUGAGACAUGGAGUUAAACUGCUUCCUUUCUCUAUUACACCUCUAAAAUGCAGGCACAUGAUUGACCAGGUGUACCCAUAACAUACGGCUGCCUUUUUGUUCAAUAUUGUUAUGAGAAAUGUUUGCUGUCAUCACAUAAAAUAAACAAUUUAUGUAUUACAACUUCUUAUCAUACUGUUACAGCGACGUUUCCGUAUAGAACCUUAUACCAUUGUCAACAUAAAUAUUCUUCACAGAAAAUAUGCUUUGCUUGAUUGCUCACGUAUUUCGACCAGUUAAAACCCAUUAUGUACGUAAUGUAUUAUGUGUAUAGCUUUAUGGUGUACGCAUACAAAGUUAGCUACUUAUUCGUUUUUCUGUUUUCCUUAGUCUUCCUUUGCGUCAUACAAACAUGAAGUUAGCUGCUUUCCCUCUUUCAUUCAGACAUAGAGACAGUCAUUCUUUCUAAACAUCGAUUAUCAGUUCUUGAGAGUACGACUAUCACACAUCGCUCGUUGUUAGUCUUUGCCGCCAGAUAUCACACACAUAUAUCAAUGAUAAAGUUGUAUCACCGCACCUCAGAAAGAACAGCAAUACAUAUCGCCGCUUGCCUAUUUACGUAAGAAAUGGAUCUUAGUUUAUUUUGAUAUGAACGGCAACGCCCUGACAUCUGUUAUAGUGUCAAUGAAUAAAACAAUUUAAGGGAGCCAACCAUGACUGUUAAAUUGCUGACAAAGCUGAAAGCGGUAUUUGUUUUCAUGGUUGUUAGGGACAUGCCAUGCCGACUACAUGUUGUUCAGAAAUGUGUUAAUUUCUCUUAGUCUUGUACACUGCUAAAUGCUAACAAUCUUGUUUUAAAGAGGUGUUAUUAUUUUCAAAUAAACAUGUGUCAUUAUUAAAAGA